GCAUUUAUGGAAAACUUGUUGCACUGGAAGAUUAAAGACAACUGAUGUUUGUCAGGACUGUCGGAUAGCCCAGAAAUUCCGGAUUGGAGUGGAGUUGAGAUUCCGGAAGAUGCUGGUGUUAGGCAAAGUGGUUGUUCGAACAGUUUGUUUGAACUCCCACCGAAUUUGUUUGAUGGAGAUCUCCUUGAUCUCAAAGAAUUUGAAGAGUUUUGUCUAGACAAAUCUGAAUUUUCAAAUGUAAAAGAAAAAGAUGUGAUCAAGGAAAAUAUUCAAGAUGAGAGUACUGCUUCUGUUCCUCUGCAGAAUUUUACUACUGCUGUGAAUCAACCAGAAGAAACUAAGAUAGGAAAAGAGAUCCAAACAAGAUGGGGGAGAAAGCAAGACGAAAUCCUAUUCAAAACUAUUAGAGAGAUGGAGCAACAACAGAUUAUUACUCUAGAUGAACUUCUAAAUUGGGAUCAUACUUUGACACUUAAGGACAAUGAGGCUAUCCAAGAGCUAUGUAUCAGGUCUCAAUGGAAAGCUCAUCCUGGUAAACUCCUAACAAGGAUACAGUCAUUGUCUAAGCAUGAGUUCUCUUUCAGAGAAAUUAAGAAAUUAAAGCAAAUUCUUAGGAGAAAAUAUAAUUAUAAGAAUAUUGAUUAUAACGAGGUGAUCUAUGGGUUCCCUGGAAAGUCGAUGGCUGCACUCAAGAAAAUGAUUAAUCAGAUCAAGGAUUCAUUCAAGAAUCAAAGUUUAUGAGAUUUGAAGGGCAAGCGCAAGUGGAGGAAACAGAGGAAUUAAAAUAUUAAUUUCCAUAAUAAGUUUAUGACG